UAUGCGUUUGUCCGCAAGACCGGCGCUCGUGUGUGUUUUAUUUCAUGAAACCAUGACUGUGGAUGAUAUGUUCAAAAAUGACUUCUCAGUCACAUUGUUUGCUUGCCAUAGAGUGAAAGUAAUGCUUGUGAUUGAUGUUGACUGUAAGAAACCAUUCAUUUUAGACUUGAUCUUCAGAGCAGUUGUACAUCUAUUAGUGUAUUUCAUAUACGUUAUAUAUAUUGAAUCAAUGAGUCAUUCAAUGUGUGAGAUGAGAUCAUCAAUCCUUUACAUUAUGCUCACAGUACUCUGUGACUUUUUUUUUUUUGUGAUGCAGUGUGAAUUUCUUCUCAUGAGAAUAUGUAUAGUAUGUGCUUUGGCUCAAUAAAAGAUGAGAAACACUGCAGUGUGAUGCGUGUACUGGAUCUUAAGAAGCCAAUGCAAAGCGCACGACUCAAAGAAACAAUCUGCAAUGAAACAUGAUUAUUCUGCCAUGCAAUCAUUUUGCAGUCCAUGAAUCUUGACAGCUGCAGACUUAAUUAAAUUAUGAAUGAUCAAAACUGGGUCCCGUACCAUUUCCAAGGAUCCAAUGUGAUGCGAGCGUGUCUAAAAUGCGCCAACCAACCCGGGUGGCCCCCCGCACGCACGAGCCGGCAAAGGGGCGGGCCGGCCGCUCAGCUGAUGGCUGAGCUGCUCCACACACAGCACACAAUCUCUCAUUCCUCGCUGGGCGAAUGUGGUCACGCCAGACCUUUUCCUCGCCAAUUACUCCCAAUGUGGAAGGCUUCAUGAACUUGCGGCCGCAACUUAAUGGGGCAUCUCGCCGCAGGAUGCACCUGACGGCGCCGCACGCGCACGGGCAACGCACGUUGACCUGCCCCCGCCGCGUGUUAUGGUAGCCAGCCCGCGCGUGGGUUUUGUCCCGUGAUGGGGAGAAGAAUCACGUGGAGCCACGGUGCCGUCGUCCUGCUGGCCUUCCUCAUGAGCUCAUGUCGGGCCAUCACUCUGGACUCCAUCCUCUGGAGCAGCGGCAAUACAAACUUCACUCCAGGUCAAGGUCUGGUCCUCUCCCCUCAGAUUGGGGACAAGAUGGACAUUGUCUGUCCAAGGGCGGAUGCCGCCAAGGGCGAAAAGGAAGAGUUCUACCGAAUCUACUUGGUCUCCCGAAGUCAGAUGGAGAGCUGCACUAUAGACAAGACAAACACCCCCCUGCUCAACUGCGACAAGCCGCACCGGGAUGUCAAGUUCACGUUCAAGUUCCAGGAGUUCAGCCCCAACUUGUGGGGGCUGGAGUUCCUCAAGGGGAAGGAUUACUACAUCACUUCCACAUCUACAGGCUCUCUGCAAGGUCUGGAUAACACGAAUGGAGGAGUGUGCAGGACCAAAUCCAUGAAGAUGGUGCUAAGAGUCGGGCAAAGUUCUUCAGAUCCUCGAUUAACACUUCAGGAAUCCCCGACCAGAUUUUCACCGACAAAACUACAACCGAAAACAAAGGAUGCAGCUGAAGAUCAUGAUAUCAAGAACAAAACUGGCUCGGGCUCAGAAGCAGGGCAGCUCACCCCCGGUGGCGGUGGUGGCUCACCGCCAGGACUGUUGAUCUGGGUUGUCUCGGCCUGUGUGAUCCUCCUCCUCCUCCUCAUCGCCAUCCCGUCGGCCGUGCUGUGCAAGUGCCGUCGCUGCGUCCCAGAUAGGCAGCAGUCUGCGUCUGUGUCGCUCAACACUUUAGCCGUGCCAAAGCGGGACAGCAUCAGCAGCGACAACGUUGGCUCGGACCGCAGCGAGAUCGUCUUUCCUCCGCAGGCGUCCGACAGCAGACUCUGUCGACAUUUUGAGCGUUUGAGCGGCGAAUACGGAGCCCCUGUUUACAUCGUGAAGGAGAUUUCGCCGCAGAGUCCCACCAACAUUUACUACAAAGUCUAACUUUUGCCAUUUUUUUCGUCGCUAAUGACGUCAUUCGCUAUGAGGACGAAUUGGACCAAAACUGGCGUCGCAUCAUGAAUUUUUUUUUUUUUUUUUUUU